UGUUUUACAAACAUCGCUCUUUUCCUCCCUCCAUAAAUACUUUUUUUCCAACUCAUAUCUGUAACGACAAGGAACUAUUUCACACACCUGUAGAAAGUAAGACGACUCGUCGGUUCCACCGUCCUUCGCUUCUGAUGCCGGGAAACUGCUAACACAGUCUGACCUGCUUAUCAACCGGUGACUGACAUGGCAGCUAAUGGAGCGAGCUGUGAACAGCCUCAGAAACGUGCAGCGGCGCCGAGAGACAAACAGAAUGGCAAGCCUGCAGACUCGUCGAUAAGAGAGCGGCGUCAGAGGGACAAAGAGGAGCGUCUGUCUCUGGUGUUGUGGAGGAGGCCCGUCACCGCGCUGCACUACUUCCUGCUGGAGACCCUCAUCAAGCUAAAGGAGUGGACGCUCAAGCUCUGGCAGCGACGAGGCGUUGUGUUUAUAUUUCUGGUGUUUUGUUCUCUCAUCUCCAUUUUGUACUCCACCGAGGGAGCUCACCAACAAUAUGUCCAGUUCCUGGAGAAGAAGUUCCUGUGGUGCGCCUACUGGGUCGGCCUGGGGAUCCUGUCCUCCGUGGGCCUCGGCACAGGCCUGCACACCUUCCUGCUCUACCUGGGUCCUCACAUAGCGUCUGUCACCUUGGCCGCGUACGAGUGCGGCGCCAUUGACUUCCCUGAGCCUCCGUACCCGGACCAGAUCGUCUGUCCCCAGGGCGGCGCGGUGGAGGGCAGCAUCUCCCUCCUCGCCAUCAUGUCCAAGGUCCGCCUGGAGGCCUGCAUGUGGGGCGCGGGCACCGCCAUCGGGGAGCUGCCUCCGUACUUCAUGGCCCGAGCAGCUCGUCAGUCGGGAGCCGACCCGGACGACGAGGACUACGAGGAGUUUGAGGAGAUGCUGGAGCAGGCAGAGGGAGCACAGGAUUUUGCCACAAGAGCAAAACUGGGCGUCCAGCACAUGGUGCAGAAAGUGGGAUUCUUUGGGAUCUUGGCCUGUGCUUCAAUCCCUAAUCCGCUCUUCGACCUGGCCGGGAUAACCUGCGGACACUUCCUGGUUCCCUUCUGGACGUUCUUCGGAGCAACUCUGAUCGGGAAAGCCAUCAUCAAGAUGCACAUACAGAAACUGUUUGUCAUCAUCACCUUCAGUAAGCACAUCGUGGAGCAGAUGGUGUCUCUGAUCGGGUCGGUGCCUCGGGUCGGACCGGCCCUCCAGAAGCCCUUCAGCCAGUACCUGGAGGCCCAGAGGACCAAGCUGCACCACGCUGGAGGAAGUGCACCAGCGGACGAGAACUGGUUGUCGUGGGUGUUUGAGAAGGUGGUGCUGCUCAUGGUCUGCUACUUCGUCAUUUCCAUCGUCAACUCCAUGGCCCAGAGCUACGUGAAGCGGCUGCAGCAGCAGAGGCACUCGGAGGAGAAGACCAAGUGACGACGACCACGACGACGAGGUAGUGGACGACACAAAGGGCAGAGCGAACAUCCCAGUGGACUUUCUGUGUUUCUGCUGCUGCUGAGGAGGAGAUUCCUCCUGCAGCCGCUCACAACCGAACAGCAAACCUCACCCUCAUCGUCCGUUCUCAGAGAGGAAGCUCAAAAAGAAGCAAAAAGAAAAUGGACGCCAGGCACUAUGUGUUUGGCGUGUAUGUGCUUUUGAGGAUGUCAUGCUACUGUCUUACUGUUUGUCCCUCUCCAGGUUUUUUGUAGUUCUUCCUUUUUCAUCUCACUCUGUGUUUGUCAGUGUUUGUUUGUGUGUGCGUGCGUGCGUGCGUUUCGAGCGUUGGGUUUGCCGCCGCUCACCCUAACAUCUUAAAUUAACCCUUUCAUCGACCUCAGAAGUAAAGCAGUAGGUCCGGUGGCCGACCCAUCGGACGUUAUGCCUUAUGCAAAAGACGGGAAGACGGUCCCACACUUCCCCUCCGACGUAGUUCUCGACUCAUAAACUCGAUUGUUAUAUUUAAUUUUUUGUAACAUUAAAUGUCUCGGGUGUGUCUGGAUUCUGUGUUUGUACAGCGUGUUGCCAGGGUAACUGCGUCCAGACGGACGGCGUCUCGUUUCAGGGUUUUUAAUUUUCCUUGUGUCGUCUUUUUGUUUCUGAAAUUUGUCACUUUGUCAAAAUGGGAGAAGAAGAAUAAGAAAAAAGCAAUAUCAACUGAAAACAAGAUGGCUACUGGUGGUUUUGCACACAGUGUAAAUAUCUUAACAUCUUUUUUUCUUUUUUUUUGACAGUAGAAGAUGUAUUUCUAUGUGGACGCGAGUCGACUUUGAACCAAAACAUCAUUUGUGAAAGUGACAUUGUAACUUUUCGGCGACAGCAACUAACUAGUCCCAUUUCGACUACUGUACAUUUAGGUUGAACCUCGGAUCAGAUCAUAAAUAUAAAACAUGUGAAUCUCA